AUGUCAAGAAUCACUCAACUCCUCAGAAAUACUUUCCUCGAACACCAAAAGAUUGGUUUAUACUAUGCUGAUCUUUACAACGAAACUCCAGUCGUAAAGGAAGUUCUCCGUAGAUUACCAACAGCUACACUAGCUCAAAGAGACAGAAGACACAAGAUUGCUUUCGACUUGAACGUCAAGAAGCAAUAUUUGGAAGAAUCACAAUGGUCAAAUUCUGAAAAGGAUCUCGAAUACACUACUCUCUUUGAAACAAUGAUGAAUGAUGUCGAAAACGAGUUUGAAAUUCGUAAAGCCUUCAGAGCCUAA